AUGAGCUCGAAAGCGAGCGAAGAGAGCUAUCUUUCCCCAAAGCCAUGGAAAUCCGGAGACCCUUGGGGCUCGGGUACAAAGCUGCCAGGUGCUUAUCCGCCAUCUCCUGAUGUACGGUCCCAGGAAGCCAGUCAUUCCGGGCCUCAGUCGCUGUCGGCUGCCGUCAAGGCGCGCAAGUCAGAGUACAUCCGAAAGAAGUCUAUGAAAAUCAAGAUUGGCACCUGGAACGUUGCCGCAAUUAAUGGCACGGAGAAGGACUUGGGGGCGUGGUUCGUACGUGGACACGGCAUCAGCGGGCUUUCCCAAGACUUAUCGGGACUCUCGACCACGGAGGGUAACGACAGUGAUGAUUCCGACGACACUGACAACGAUAAUGUCGAGUCUGUCGAGUCGCAAGAAGCGCGGGUUGCGAGAACGAGGAAAUCAAUCACUGUACCACUGAACGACACCCCGGCGGAGGCCCACCAUGAGCAGAUCGACCUCUAUGUUCUCGGCCUGCAAGAGGUCAUCGAUGUCACCUCCAUGACCGAGGCCAUCAAACCCUACACCGAUCCGAACCCAGCUAAGAAAUGGAAGAAGUCUUUGAGGCGUGCGCUACCUAAAGGUUACAAGAAGAUUGCAAACGAACAGCUUUUUGGCCUGCUCAUCCUCAUUUUUGCUUCUCCAGAGCUCGCCCCAGCCAUUAGCUCGGUCAGCACGACCUCAGUCGGAACUGGUCUGAUGGGCUAUUUCGGUAACAAAGGUGCUGUCGCGGUCAGGAUUGUGGUCGGAGAGACGACACGAAUGUGCUUCGUUAAUUGUCAUCUGGCUGCUGGAGCAGAUGAAGCCGCGUUAGCCCGUCGAGUUUGGGAUACGAACCAGAUCAUCACCAGGACACGUUUUUCUCCAGUCACGGAUGGCGAAGUGGUCGAAGCUGGAGAAGAGAAAAUCGGGGACGAAGAUUUCGCUUUCUGGUUUGGCGAUCUCAACUAUCGUCUAGACGACAUCCCGGGUCAGGAUGUCAGGAGAUUGUUGCUUCUUCAUACUCAGAACGAGUACGACGUCCAGAACAAAUCCAAGCGCAAGAUUGAUAGUGAGCUAGGAUACUUAUCACCUGCAUCGAAUGACUGGCUCCCGGCUCCACAUCCCCGCUACGAGUAUAAAGACGUCGAAAGGCCUGCGUCUGAUAGCACGGCCGAACCACCCCUAGAUCCGAAGAACGACCCUGCUUCGCUUCAAACCACUAUCCAUUCUCUCCUCGCACAUGACCAACUGCGCGCACAGCAAAGGCUGGGGAAGGCAUUUCAUGAAGGAUGGCGAGAGGGAGACAUAGAAUUUUUGCCCACGUACAAAUAUGAUAUUGGCAGCGUUGGCAUGUUCGACUCCGGCGAGAAAAAGAGAAGCCCCAGCUGGUGCGACAGGAUACUGUACAGGACUCGCCGAGACCUAGAGACAUACAAGGACAAAGCCAAGCGGCGAGAGGAAGCUCGCAAAAAGGACGAAGCCAUGAAAGCUAGCGGGAUCGACCAGGCUGCCGCUGAGCACGAGGUAAUGUUCGACUAUGAUCCUGAGACAGACGGAAUGGCCUAUGGCGAUGACUGCGACGAUUACGACGAGACUCAGGAUGGCCUUCACGACGCAGAGCUCGUACAGUCACAUGAAGAUUAUGGAGACAUGAUCGAACUCAACAGUUACCUCUCGCACCAAAGAAUACUCUCAUCGGACCACAAGCCGCUGAACGCCGUUUUCACGCUCAUGUACGACGCCGUCAUCCCAGAGCUGAAAGCGAAGGUGCAGCAGGAGGUUGCCAAACAGCUGGACAAGGCAGAAAAUGAAGGUCGGCCAUCAAUAACAUUGGUAGUCGAUAGCCACUUCGAGAGUCAAAUACCGAACGCUGACGGUGCGGCAGACAUGAAUGUCGUCCAUUUCGGCGAAGUCCGCUACGGUGUCAAGAAGAGCAGGUCCGUUACCAUUGCCAAUACCGGACAGGUCACCACCAGCUUUUCUUUUGUAGACAAACCUGUCGACUCGGGAGAAGGCGCUCGCGUGGCGCCAAAAUGGUUGGAGCUCAGCGUGGAUUCUGGCUCCAUCUAUUCGUCGGCAAAUAUGGAGCACAAGGGCAGCUUCGAGACAGUUUUGUCACCAGGUGAAACCACAAUAAUCGAAUUGUCUGUUAACAUUACGGACAGCGAGCUGGUACAUGAUCUCAACGAUGGUAAAACAGAACUGGAGGAUAUUCUCGUCCUGAGAGUCGAAAGCGGAAGGGACCACUUCAUCCCCGUCAAAGGCCUGUGGCUACCAUCCGCAUUUUCUCGCACGCUGGAUGAGUUGGUGCUAGCACCAGAAGGUGGUGUUCGACAAUGGAUCCGCUCUUCCAACAACAAAGCAACAGAAUCGAUUUCAUACUCUUCGGCAAAGGUCCACCAUUCCGCCCCAAAGGAGCUCUACACUCUUACUGAGAUCAUCCCAAUCUACAUUGAACGGUCUAUCGCAGAAUGGGGCAUGCUUCACGAAGGAGAAACGCCUCCUUGGCAGUAUGAGAUAGGAGGUGCUUCAUGGCCUUUCAGUCGAGAGACAUGGACGUUCCACGAAGGCGAAGAAAGGUCGGAACUCAUCGCCGGGGUCAGAGAAGCGUUGGAUACAGCAAGCCGCCUUGAUGGCAACUUCGAUCCGGACGUGCCGGCCAUUGUGCGUCUGGAAGUUCUCGCCGAAACACUGACCUCGUUUCUCUUGUCUCUAAGAGAAGGUAUAGUGCCCGCCAGUACAUGGGCGGAGAUUGAGAAGCACCUCGCCACAACCGAAAAGGCCAAGUCGCAACCUACUGCGCAAGAAAUCCAGGAUAUGGUCAUGGACGCUCUGUCCCCAGACCCGGUGCAUAGUGUCUCGCUGACUUUCAUCACCUUCCUCCUGACAACGACGGUCAAUGAGAUGAUGACCAGUGGUACUUCUGCUCCGACAUCAGCGACGGCAACGACGCCUACUUCGAUGAGCAGAAAGUCCUCCAGACGGUCAAGAGCUUCGACGCUUUCAAGCGACUCAGGGCCUCCGGCGUCGAUAUCAUCGCAAGAAGCACCGAGCAAGAGAAGUCUGUUCCCGGCAUUGCGUCGUCGCCGCACGCGCAGUAUCUCAUCGGCAUCUGCCACAGCUGAGACGGGUGGCGAGGCGGCAGGUACCAUCACCGAGCGAAGGACAAAACUGGUCAGUGCAUAUGUCGAGGUUUUUGCACCCCUCGUCUUCCGAGCCCAGAGUGAGUCGAAGCUGAAAGACAAAGACAAGAAGGCGCUGGAUGCACGGAAGAAGCGCAUCCUCGAGGCAUUUUUGAGUGAGAGACAGCUCUGA